AUGGUCAGAGAAAAGAAUCCCAAUGUUCUUUCAGUUCACAGUAUUAUACACCGCCAAGCUUUGACAGCUAAGACACUUCCAACGAAAUUAACGACCCAAGUAUUCAACUUGUUGGCUUAUCUGCUAGAUAUCUGCUAUUCCUUGAAUUUACUGAACUUGAAUUUGCAAGAUGGAGGUUCGAACACAAUUUAUCAUCGGGAUGCCAUCACAACGUAUACCUAUAAGUUUCAACUUUGGAAUCGUAAAAUUAUAGCCUGCAAUUAUUCCUGUUUUCCCAAAUUAUUUGGAAUGCUGGAAGAAGCACUCAUUAAGCAAACUGAUACUACGAAUAAAAUAUCAAAUCAAUUGCAGCAUCUAACUGACGAAAUCAAACGCUACUUCCCUAGCUUGUGUUAUAAUGACUCUUACAGACUGGCAAUGGAUCCUUUUACGUUGACACAGAUGUUCUAUAGGAAACACUGCAAGACAAUUGCAGUAAUUAAAACGAAAUAUAGAAGCAAAUUUAAUAUUGCUAGUGGUUUACGUAGUGCACUUUCUUCUACUCAACCAAGAAUUGAAAAUCUUUGCAAAAAUGUGCAAGCUCACCCAUCACAUUGA